AUGGGUGGAGUGCAGCCUAUUCAUUAUGAUCCAGAAACAGUUAAAGAACUAACACGAGAGCUUUUUAUUGCAAGUGGCAUAGGUGCUUUGAGAGGUGCUGCGAUCGGACUCACCACAGGACUUUUAUUACGUCGAUUCUCUACCGUUUACAGACAUGUAAGAACGCAGGUCAGGGUCUUUUAUCAGAUAUCGUGGAUCUCCAUGGGAGCCGUCUUCUAUGCUGACAAGCAGCUUAUCAAGUUUCAAAACCGAUAUUACGAGAAGGAAACAAAAAGGCGGUCCAGGAUCCUGGAUGAGGCUGCAGACAGAGGAAUUUUUCUGGAAGACGACUCGGUGGUGACCAGCACCACAUCAUAA